GAUAGACAGGGGGAGUGAAAAUGAAAGAGAGAGGUUAUGGGAAACAAAGAUGCAAACUGAGAAGGAGAGUCAGGGGGAUAAGGUAAGGAAGAAGGAGCUGGAGACUGAGAGAAAGCGUGAGGGGGAUAGAGAAAAAGAGGAGGAGAGAGGGAGGGGAAAUAGAGAAGAGAUCCAGAAGAAGGAAGAACAUCAGGUGGUGAUAGAGAGGGAGAGGAAGAUGGAGAAGGAGAGGCAGAGUCAACAUCCUUGGCAAGGGAAGGAAAUAAAGAAUGAGAAAAAGAAAGAGAGUGAUCAAGAAAAGAAAGAAAGUGAUCAAGAAGAGACCGGGAAGAAGAUAGAGAAAGAGGUAGAAAAAACUGUCCAAAGUGUGCAGAGAGACAGCAUAGGACCAGUGAUGACAGAUGAUCAGGACACGACCUCACCCAGCCCAAGCACUGGUUUUAAACAUGACUCAAUCCCCAGACCUAACUCCUCAGGACCAGAUCAAAAAUCAAACUCCAUCCCUAGACCUGCCACCAAUCCCAGCCCAAGAUCUAGCUCAGACACCAGCCGUGGAUAUAUUUCAAGUCCUUCCUCCAACUCAACCUCUAGCCCCAGAUCUUCCUCCAUCUCCAGCACAAGGACAAGCUCAAGCCUUAACACAAGCUCCAGUCAAAGGACCAUCUCCUCUUUACCUCACCAGGGAACCACCAGGUCUGACCCCAUCACAACCCCAAGUUCAGGCACCAGCUACAGGACUGCCAGAACCAGCCCAAGUAUCACAACAAGCACAAACCAAACAACCACCAGCUCAUCAAAAAGGACUACUAGCCCAAGAAACAGACCUGUCCAGAAGCACAAGCCCAACCAAGCUAAACAGGCCAUCAGACCCAGACUUAAGUCCAGACCACCCAGCCCAACUAGCUCCUCCAGUUCAACGGCCAGCUUCACUAGCCUCAGCUCAUGGACAACCACCACCAGCUCCAGCCCUGCAUGGACAAGGACAAAAACAACAACAGGACUCAGCACUAAACCUAAACUAAAACCUAAACCAGGCCAAAAGCCUAUUCCAGGCCUAAGACCUAAACCUGGACCAGAACAAAGGCCUGUUCUAAAGCCCAGCCCAACCAGCUCGUCCAGCUUCAACUCUAAGACCACUCUCAGAACUGGCUCAACUUCAACCCCUACUUGUAGCCUUAGCCCUGCAAUCAGCUUUACAAGACCCAGUCUACAGUCCACUAAGACAAGUACCAGCCAAAUCAGCACCAUGCUGGGACACUCUUCAGCCACCACCACUAGUCCUAGCUCAAAGAUUACCAGCCCAAGCUACAGGACCACUAGUUCCAGCAGUAGCAGUAGCUCAACUCCAGGAACUACAACCACUGCUAGACCUAGCCCAAGGAACACCAGUCCAAGCUCCAGAAUUGGGUCCCGGUGGACCCCCAGACCUGACCUAAAGCCAAAACCAGGCACAAGGCCUAUUCCAGGCCCCAGACCCAAACCUGGAUCAAAACCAAAGCCUGUCCUGAAGCUCAGACCAUCAAGUCCAACUGGCUCCUCCAGCUCCAUUCCAGAGGCCAAUCCCAGAACUGGUUCUCCUCCAGCCACCACCAUUAACCUUAGCCCACAGACCAUCAGUUCAAGCAUCCAGGCCAGCACUUCCAGCUCAAGUUCAACUCCAGAAACAACAACCACCACAAGCCCCAGCCCAAGGACUGGCUUCACUUCUCUCAGCUUAAGGUCCACUAGUACUAGCUCCAGCCCUGAGAGGACAUAUGUCCAAAACCCUGAACCCAACACAACGACUACCAGACCUAGGAUUAAGCCCCGACCUGGCCUGCAGCCUAGACCUGACCUACAGCCCAAACCCGGCCUAAAACCUGAACUACAGCCCAAACCAGGCCCAAAGCCUAUUCCAGGCUUAAGGACUAAACCUAGACCACAAUCAAAGCUCAUCUUAAAGCCCAGACCACCCAGCCCAACCAGCUUCAAUCCAAAGACCAGUAACAUAAAUGAUGCAACUUUAACCCCCACCACUAGCCUCAGCCCUGGGAUCAGAAGCCACAGUCGUCAGACCAUGACGACAAGCCAAAGUAGCACCACACCGGGCCACUCUCCAGGCACCACCCCAAAGAUAACUAACCCAAGUUACAAGACCACUAGUUCCGGCCCUGGGGCCAACCUCAGCAGUAGCAGUACCCUAACUCCAGGAACUACUACCUCCGCUAGACCUAGCUCAAAGAUCACCCGUCCAAGAUCCAGAAUUGGGUCCUGGUGGACUCGCAAACCCGGCUUAAAGCCCAAACCAGGCACAAUAACAAUUCCAGGACCCAGACCCAAACCUGGACCAAAGCUCAAACCUGCCUUUAAGCCCAGACCACCCAGUCCAACCAGCUCCUCCAAACCUGGCUCAACUCCAGACACCAACACUAGCCUCACCCCAAAGACCACCAGUCCAAGCUCCAGGACUACCAGCUCCAGCACAGGGAUUAGCUUUACCCCCAGUCCAGGCAGUCUCAGCAGAACCACACCAAGUCAAUCUCCAUCAACCACCACUAGCUCUAGCUCAAAGAUCACCAGUUCAAGGAUCUGGAUAGGCUCUUUCAGCUCAAGCAUCAUCACACUAAACCAAACCAAAGUUACCAUGGCACCCAGAGACUGCUCUGACCACAUGGCCAAGGGGGAAAGGAACAGUGGGGUCUACCAAGUGACCCCUGACCCUAAGAAUGUAACCAUCGCAGUGUUCUGUGACAUGGAGUCUCAUGAUGGAGGGUGGACCAUCAUUCAGCUCCGUCAGGACGGCAGUGUGAACUUCAACAGGACAUGGGCUGAAUACCGGACGGGCUUCGGUAACAUGAGGGCUGGGGAGUUCUGGCUGGGCAAUGACCACAUCCAUCUCCUGACCCGACACAGGGAGAUGGUCCUCCGGGUGGAGCUGGAAGACUUUAACAGAGUGAGGGAGUACGCAGAGUACAGGCUCUUCCGUGUGGCUGGCGAACGGCUGCGGUACCGCCUGUCUGUGGGUGGGUACUCGGGCACGGCGGGAGAUGCACUUCAAUUCAGCAAGAUUUACAACCACAACAACAGGUUCUUUACGACUCCUGACAGGGACUAUGACCGCUACCCUUCAGGGAACUGUGGUGCGUACUACGACUCAGGCUGGUGGUUUGAUGCCUGCAUGGCUGCCAAUCUCAAUGGGAGAUAUUAUGUGGGAAAGUACAAAGGGGUGAGGAAUGGGAUCUACUGGGGGACGUGGCAUAAUAUAUCUACAGAGUACUACCCAACAAAUGACAGACAAUCUUUCAAGACUGUCAGAAUGAUGAUCAGGCCGAGAGGCUAUGCAAAGUGAGCUAGACAGCUGGCUCUUCGUUUGGCGUACUCAGCUGUUGCAAUUGUCAAACAGCGGGGCUGGGAAACCCUAUAAGGCCUCAGCAAUUUUUCAAUGGGUCUGCGACAUAAACAGGAAACAUAUGUAUUUUUUUGGGAGGAGCACUGUGUAUUAAUGUGCAAAUGCAGACAUUCAGAUUGUACUGCUGUUUCCUAUUUUGGGUGUUUAUAGUGGUUGUUAUUUAACAAGCAGUUUGAAUAUAUUGUAUCUUAUGUACUCUUUGAAAUAUUAUAGUGGGUCAACCCCUACAUCUUCUUGAUUUCUUCACACAGUUUUUUCCCCCAAUCGCUUUGGUGCUAUUUUCUCAAGAAUGUGGUACAUUUUCUAAAAAUUUUGAACAAAACUCCAAACUGCUAAUACAUAUAACACAGCAAGUAUUUUAUUCAAAACCUUUUAUUGUGCAUUCAUUUUGUUUGGAGACAUCUUUCACCACACAACCAUUGAGCCAAAAUAUAAGUUUACAGUGAAAUACCAUGAUAACAUUGAUUUAAUCACCAAAAUACAACAUAAUGAUAUCUUCUCAAUUUAGUUGUUUUAACGACCAGUUAAUUAAAUAGCAAAAUAUGCAAGAUACAUGGUCCAAAAUUGCCCUUUGAAUGUAAUAUGCUACAGUACUGUAAAUGACAGUACGUUACACUGUUUUAGCAGAAGGUAAUACAUUUGCACUACCCAUCACAAUUUACAAAAAAUCGAAUUUCUAUCAUUUCUAUCCAAUGUGUGAUCAAAAGUGUGAUCAACUCUUCAAAAUCAUUGAUGCAAAAAAUAAAUAUAUUGUUCGGAUACAAUUACAACAUAAACUCAGCAAAAAAAGAAACGUCUCUUUUU